AUGCGGUCGCUUUAUUUUAUUCUUGUUUGGUCGAUUUUUGUUGUCAAAGGCUAUGAAAUUCAGGAAGGAGAAAUCGAACAUUACCUGGAAAUCGUCAAAGUAAAAGGGCCUCUGGGGAUUCGAAUUGAAGCUUACUUCUCCAGUAAGUUUUGAUAAUUUUUUAAAAAUUUUUGUUGAAUUAUAAUUUUUUUUUGUUUUAAAACCAUUUGGUUGCCUUUUUUACAUACUGCCAAGACUUAUUAACAUGACUUUGUUUAUUUCGCGGUUUAAGCCUACAAUGAAUCGCUUGGAGUACGAUUUCUUUUGGUACAGUAUCCGGAAUCUGAACCAGAUGAUUGGAAAAUAAUACCAUUGGGCGAUGCUUACCAAAUCCAUUCAUUUGUGUUGUUGGAACGUCAAAAGGUCUCUGUUUUGUCGUCAGCCAUGUUGUAGGUUUUUAAAUUUUAAACUUCGGCGAGUUAGACCAGCUAUAGGUAGUGGAAAGUGUAGCUAGGAGUGAGAAACAGGCCGCGCCCACUUUUCAACGUUUUAGGGCUGGCCCGCUUUAAUGUUUUUUUCAGGCCGGCCCGACUUGUUUAAAAAUUUCCAGGCCCGGCCUUUUUUAACUUAUCAAGAGAUACUGUCAUGUUUAAUUAUACUAUUUGAUAUGAGUGUACACUUUUGAUUGUUGGUUGAUUUAGUAAAUAAAGUAAAGUAAGCUCAAGGCCUCCCCGAUCGUAGAGCCGUUCCUACACGGCCCGUUUCUUACCUCUAAUUACAGCUGAAGUAAGUUAACAAAACGUAGCAAAUAAUUAGCAAUAAGAACAGUAUGUCUAACUGUAUAGUAAGGUAGGUGUAGAAAAAGAGAUGGCUUAUAUAAGCUAAAAAAAUGUAGAGUAGAGAAGGUUAGAGUAAAGGUAAUAAAAAGUUGUGGCGGAAGUAGGGUAGGGUUGUGAUAGAAGCAGGUUUAUUGAGGAUAGAGAGAUCCUUUUCAAGCAAAAAAUUUGAAGAAAAUUUUGAAUACUUGUCCUCCUGUUGAUCUUCAAAAAAUGAAAGUUGUUUAUGAAUAUCAACAGUAUAAUAACUUUCAAGUUUUUUUUUCAAUUUUUUUUUGAAAGUACUCCCCCCUCUCUUCAAUAAAUUUGCUUCUAUCAUAACCUUACCCUACUUCUACCGCAGAUUUUUAUUAUUUCUGCUCUAGCCUUCUCUACUCUACAUUUUGUUAGCUUAUAUAAGCCAUCUCUUUUUCUACCCCUACCUUAUUAUACCGUUAGAUAUACUGUUUUUUAUUGCUAAUUAGUUGCUACAUUUUGUUACCUUGUCUCAGCUAUACUUUCACUAACCUCUACCUUACUAUACCAUUAGACAAACUGUUUUAUUACUGAGUAUUUUCUUUUAGAGAAUCCUCAAAUUCGCUAGAGUACGGUGUCUUCUAUCCCCACGCGUUUGCAUUUCGGAAUUUGAUCUUUUUGGACAAUGCCAAAUUCAUAUGGUCACAACAAGUGAUGUCGCUAUAUCAGAAGGUGCAUGAUUUGUGUGACAAAACAGUAACAGCACAAUUCGACUGGUAUUUCCAGGAGAAUUCGACGAUUUGCGACAUUAAAAAACUGUGCUUUGAGGGAGAUCAGGUGUGUCGAAGAUGAUGGUUAUAGUUUUUAUGAAGAAUAAGGGAAGGUAGUAGUAUAAUUAGUUCUUUGGUACUUCUAGGGCUGGUUAGUUCUUUAAUCUGUUUGUAGGAAAGGGGAGGGUAACGGCAUGGCUAGGGUAGGUUCUUUUCUUCGCUAGGGUAAGACAAGUCUUUAGGUUGCUUAGGGUAAAGUUAGGAUUUAGCUGUUGGUAGGGUAAGGUAUAACUUUAGCUUUGAUAGGGUAAGGAAGGGCUUUACGUUGGCUAGAGUACGGUAAGACUUUAGUUUGGUUAGGUUAAAGUUAAGAUUUAGCUUUGAUAGGGUAAUGUAAUGCUUUUAUUUGGCAAGAGUAAGGUAAGAAUUUAGUUUGGCUAGGGUAGAUUAAGGUCUUGCUCUGGUUGUUUAGGACAUAGUAAGGCUUUAACAUGACUAAGGAGGAUAGUAAGGCUUUAACAUGACUAAGCAUAGGAUAGGCCAGACUUGAGCAUAGCUAGGAUAAGGUUAGGUUUUAAUUUGGCUAGGGUAAGAUAUGGUUUUUGCUUGGUUAGGGUAAGCUAUGGCUAUAGAUUGGCUGGGGUAAGGUAAGUCUUCAGCUUGGCUGCGAUUAACAUCUUGUUAUGGUCAUGUCGUGGUAAAGAUUUGAGAUGGCUAGGGUAAGUUCCUAUGUAGUGUUUUUAGAGUAAGGUAGACUUCAGCAUGGCUACGGUAGGGUAAGGUAUAAAAGCCAUUUAUGGUUAAGAUAGAGUUAUGAUAAGGCGUGUGUUAGUGCUCGGAUAGCAUUAGUAUGGUAGGUUUAUCAUAAAGCCCAGUUUAAAUUUAUUAAUUUAAACUUUUAGCGUUGUGGAAUCGACCGUGACACUGGUGAACUAGAACUUCUGACCCCGGAAACUCAAUAUAUGUAUAAAGUGUUUAACUUUACCAUUCCAUGGAAUUGUGCUUACACAUUCUGUACAUUUAAAGACACUGAGUAAGGGUUUUACUGUGACUUUUGAUUUUUUAACCGAAAAUUGGUCUAAAGGAGGGGUAAUAUCGUAAAAAUCAUCACGAAACCUAAUAUUUUUUUUUGGACUUUUUGUAGUUGUGAAAGAUUAAAUGAUGAUGAAAAUGCGAAAAAGUUUUCUGAUUUAUAUAAAAAGGCUUUGAAGUGUACUUUUUUAAUAAUCUCAAUAUAUUUUUAAAUAUAUUUGCUUUACUGAUUAACAUUUCUUUCAGUGACAACGAAUUUGUGAUCCCAAAGGACCUGCGCACCUCGUCAGACUCACCAGCUGAAGGCGAAAGAAUCGGCCUUGUGCCAUUAUUAACCACACAGUCCAAAUUCGUCCGCCGAAAACUAAGAUGGCUGGUCGAUGACAGCUUCACCCAAAGGCCGGCUAUGUUAAUAUCAAUUGGGUUUUUGAUUGUUUUCUGGUUUUUAUAA